CGUACGGUACGGCUGCUAGCAGGAUAUUCGGCAACAGAGGGGUUGUGUUGUGAUCUCGGCGGAAAGAGAAAUUAUUACAACAUAGCAUAGGGAUCCUUGUGUGCCACCAUGUCUAUACCGGGCUGAGUGGGAAGGGGAGUGUUGGUUGGCAUUCCUAUGGCAGGGUGAUAACAUCCGUCGCAUCCUGUGCGGAGGAUGUUAGUUGGUAGAGCGAGAACGAACAUCUCGGUGUACGGAUGGAUAACAUUUAGUUACCGAGUUUUUGCAUGCGAUUGACGCGCGCGCCAUUAUCAUGCAUACGUGAGCGCAAAAUUUUCACAAUUUUCCACAAAGUUAAAAUAACAUUUUCAUUUUUCUCUCGAACGCCGACGUGCGACGUGGUGUGUCCCCGGAAGAAGUGAGAGCUCCGGAAAAGUCUCUUGAAGCCAAUACGACGUGUACGAUACGAAGGAUAUUCACUGCGCUCAGUACAACUUUGAUCGCUACAGUGGAUAGACUUUCCAACUUUAGAGUCUAACAUGGAAACCGUCUCAAAGUGUGAAAGUGUUUCAUAAGAUAUUUUUUGACGAAUUAACAAUACAUGAAGAAAUUACAAGAAAAGUGUAAAUAAGUGAAAAAUGCUGCCCUCAGUUUCGCCUCUUUCGUCGUCUUCCCCUUUGGAUUUAAGGCCAGUUCUAGGAGGAACAAUUAUCUCGUCUAUGCACCACAGUACAUCACACGAGUCCAGUCUCAGAGUUCACAGCCCCCAAAGCAGCAAUGGAAGCAAUCUGAAUCAUCCCCAUUCGCACCAUCAGCUGCACCACCCUCAACAUCAGCAUCAUCAUCCCCAUCAUCAACAUCAAACCACUGCAACCGGAAAUGGCAUCAACAGCAGCAACAACCAUAACAGCACAGGAAACACUAACAAUAGCUCCAACAGUACCAGUAAUCAUCAUCAUCAUCAUCGACAGGACACUAGCGACGACGGUGAAACAAAUAGUGGAGAUGGCGCUGCAAAUGAAAGUGGCGGACACGGAAACUCGAAAUCAUCAACACGCGGCCAGGCACUGGUGAAGCCACCGUACUCCUAUAUUGCGCUCAUCACGAUGGCGAUACUGCAAUCGCCGCAGAAAAAGCUGACGCUCAGUGGAAUAUGUGAAUUUAUCAUGAGCAGGUUUCCGUACUACAAGGACAAAUUUCCGGCCUGGCAAAACUCCAUCCGGCACAACCUGAGCCUGAACGAUUGCUUCAUCAAAAUACCUCGCGAACCGGGAAAUCCCGGCAAGGGAAACUUCUGGACGCUGGACCCGCUGGCGGAGGACAUGUUCGACAACGGGAGCUUCCUGCGGAGGCGAAAGCGCUACAAACGAACCACCAUUCCGCCGGGGAUGAGUUUUCCGGCGGUGUUCAAUCCGUUCGCGCCAUUUUGGAUCCGGAAACCGGUUCCGGUGAUACCGAUGCAGUUCCCGCCGCAUGCUAGUUUGGGCGGGUUUGGUGAGGGGUUGGGGAUCCCGAGUCGAGGCGAUUUCAUGCUGGACAAUAAGUUGAACCUAUUUGGGGGUAAAAUGGAAGACUUGAAUGUGGCAGUGAUGGAAAAUAGUGAGUUCUUGGCGCGAAAUUCGGACAAUAUGAAAAUUUCGACUGCGAUGAAGUUUUUCCAUGGAUAUAAUAGCGAAGUUAGUGGUGGUCCAAGUGGUUCUUACGAAGAUAGUGUAAAUGGACUGCAGUGCAAUAAUAACAAUAACAAUAGUUCAAUUAGCCGAGACAAUGGUGGUUACACGACAAAAACCAAUAAUCACGUUCCUAUGGGUAGUGCAGACGAACGAUAUCCGUCUUCUUCGUCGUUGAUCCGAAGGAGUCUGUCCCCGGCGGCCGUCGGGACAAGAGAAAAUAGCAGUCCCUAUGAAGUGGAUCUAUCAAAUGAUGAUAAAAUUGACGUGGAAAGUGAUGAUGAUUACAAGUUAAUGAGUAAAAGCUUCGACACCGAAAAAGUUCAGCAAGAGUCUUUCCUGAAUCGAAAUGGCCGGUACACUCCGACGGAAAAGGAUUCCGUCAAGGAUUUUGAAACUACCAUCCCGACGGGAAAGCCUGUUCACCACGAAUCAGAAGAUUACGGUUGCGAGGAUGACGAUCAUUCCGAUAAGCACAGCAAUGCCUCGCAGGAUCAACCCGAAAGGUCCCAAAAGCCAUUCUACAUUAACCCCUACGAAGAAUCGGACCAUUUCAUGUCGGAGGCCAUAGCCGGCGGCAAGUAUGGAAAUCUCAAGAGGGCAAUCGAAAGCGAAGAUCUAAACGUAGUCGACACGUAUAGUGAAACGAAAUUGGUCGGAUUCGAUUUCGCCAGCCGGAAGCGGAAGUAUGGCAACACCAAGGGAUUCAGCAUAGAGAAUCUGAUAGGCUGCAAUGUGGAGGAUAGAUGAAUCGACGCCAGCGGGGAGAGCAAAUGUGUACCAUUUUAGAAGAUAAACGGAACGGAACACGAUUACGUUGUACAUUUCUUGUAGAUAUUAGAUGGUCAUUUUAGAAUACCAAUCUGGAAGAGUUAUAUGGAAUAUGAAGCAACUUACUGUACAUAGAGAUCUCGAAAUGUAAUAAUCUUUUGUGAUGACGUAAUAAAUAUCUGAGAUUAGAGUUUUAAAA